AUGGCCAGGCAGCUACCAAAAAUACAAGCACACUUCCGUACGCGCCAUGGAUGGAAAAAUAGCCGCAACGCUGGUCGACCUGAUCUCAAGCGCAAGAGAUCUCCAGCAGAUGAAGAGGGUGGCGUGAAUGUGGCUGACACACCAAUAGAACUACAUUGGAGGGAGAACGUGCCGAACAGAAAAUUGCCUACUCUUGCACGCCGUCGAUCUGAUGCUGAACCGAUGCGAGAGGACGACCAAACGACCAACGAUACGAGCCGUCUUAUUCGAUGCUGGCUUGUGACGUCAAAGCUCAACAGCUACCAGGCAAACGCAUUUUCAGUUAUGACCGAGCCGAGUACGAGGUACCGAUACCGACAGACAUGGAAGAAGUUUAUUGCAUUCGUCGUGCGAGAGUGGCUGCUACCUAGCCGGAUUAGAAGGCAGGUUAAGGUGGCCUUAUCGCUCGAGAUACAACGCGAAAUUCAGCUGUUAUGGGAGCACCAGCUCUGGAACACCCCGGACAUGACAACUGGAAAAUGGCCCAAUAUACUCGAUCGUCGAUACAGUCUAGAUGUGCAGCACAUUCCGACUCUGGAGAAGGAUGUGAACACGGCCGAGUAUGACAUGGAACCAGAAGGGAAUACUGUGGACGAUAGUGGCUACAAUAGUGCUGAGGAGACUGACUGGGAGUCCGAUACCAGCGCUACGGAGUACAAUAGUGAGGCAGAUGAGGACAAAUGGCCAUGUACAGUUCAGCCCGAGAAGAGCAGCCGUAACCAUGAGCAUAGGACCAGGUGUGGAAGCACAGUGCUUGAGGAUCAACGCAGAUCGAGUUCUUAG